AUGGGAAACAGAAGUGACUAUCUUCCUCUCUUUGAAACAAAGUCAUCAAGAAGACAUUUUCUGCUCAAACUAUAUGUACUUUCAAUAUUUGCGGCUAUAUGCAUGAUAUGGGUGUAUAGAGUGAGCUACUUACCAGUUGAAGGAGUCUUGGAAAGAUGGACUUGGAUUGGAAUGUUCUUUGCAGAACUAUGGUUCAGUUUUUACUGGUUUAUCACACAUCUUGUUAGAUGGAACCCGAUUUAUCGUUACACUUUCAGAGACAGGCUCUCUCGAAGGUAUGAGAAGGAUUUGCCACGAGUAGAUAUCUUUGUUUGCACUGUAGACCCAGAAAUGGAGCCACCAAUCAUGGUGAUCAACACCGUCUUAUCGAUGAUGGCCUAUGAUUAUCCACCAGAGAAGCUGAGUGUCUACUUGUCAGAUGAUGGUGUCUCAGAAUUGACAUUUUAUGGAAUGUUAGAGGCAUCAAGGUUCUCAAAGUAUUGGCUACCGUUUUGUAAGAAGUUCAACAUAGAACCAAGAUCACCCGAGGCCUAUUUUCAGACAGCUCUUGAACCAUUGGAUGAUCCUGUCAAGGCCAAGGAGUGGUUGUUCAUCAAGGAAAACCAUAAAUUAUAUGGAGACAUGAAGAACCGGAUUGAGGUCACAUCAAAGCUAGGCCAAGUUUCGGAGGAAAUUCGUAAGGAACACAAGGGAUUUUCUGAGUGGGAUUCUGUUUCAAGCCCGCGUGAUCAUCUAACCAUCGUUCAAAUACUGAUUGAUGGGAGAGAUCCUCAGACUAUGGAUAACGAAGGACAACAUUUGCCAACUUUGGUAUACUUGUCACGAGAAAAGAGGCCCCAAUAUCCUCACAACUUCAAAGCAGGAGCCAUGAAUGCACUGAUAAGGGUGUCAUCGAGGAUAAGCAAAGGUCCUAUCAUCAUGAACGUCGACUGCGACAUGUACUCGAACAAUUCAAAUUCUUUAAGAGAUGCUCUGUGCUUUUUCAUGGAUGAAGAGAAGGGACAUGAGAUUGGUUAUAUUCAGUAUCCGCAGGCAAUGGAGAACGUCACGAAGAAUGACCUAUAUGGCAAUUCAUUGAAUGUAAUAUUUGAGAUGGAGUUUCCAGGAAUAGAUGCAAAUGGAGGGCCUAUGUAUAUCGGUACCGGGUGUUUCCACAGGCGAGUUAAUCUUUGUGAGAGGAAGCAUAGCAAUGAACACAUAGUAGACUGGAAGAGAGUGACUGAAAUAAAGAUUGAACAAAGCGCCAGAGCUCUUGAAGAAGAAUGCAAAGUCCUUGCAAGUUGUACAUAUGAAGAGAACACUCAAUGGGGAAAGGAGGUGGGUUUGAAGUACGGGUAUCUACUGGACGAUGGAAUGACAGGAUUCUCUAUCAGAUGCAGAGGUUGGAGAUCAGUGUACUUCAAUCCUGAAAGGAAAGCCUUCUUAGGGCUUGCUCCUACAACACUACUGCAAACAUUGACGCAGCAUACGAGGUGGUCUGAAGGUGAAUUUCAAAUUCUCCUAUCAAGGCAUGGUCCCUUCUUCGACGGAUAUAAAAAGAUACCCCUAAAACUUCUGCUUUCAUACUGUAUCUACUUUCUAUGGGCUGCCAACUGCUUCGCUACACUCUACUACGUUAUUGUGCCAUCUCUUUGCCUGCUCAGAGGCAUUUCCUUAUUUCCAAAGGCAUCCAGUGCAUGGAUUCAGGCAUUUGCAUAUGCCAUAAUUGCAAACCGAGCAUAUGGCCUCGUCGAAUUUCUUUGCUGUGAUGGUACGUUUCAAGGCUGGUGGAAUGAUCAAAGGAUUUGGAUGUUCAAAAGAACAACAUCCUAUUUAUUUGGCUUCUGUGACACUAUCCUGAAGAUGCUAGGUUUCGCAAAUCCUGCCUUUGUAGUCACUGCCAAGGUUGCUAGUGAGGAUGCUUCUGAGAGAUACGAGCAAGAGAUUAUGGAGUUUGGUACGCCUUCACCGAUGUUCAACAUUUUAGCAACACUUGCACUGCUCAACAUGUUCAGUUUUGCUGGUGGAAUAAAGACGGUGAUUUCGGAUGCCGAAAACAAGGUUUUAGACCUGUUCGCAUCGCAGAUAAUUCUAUCAGGGCUCAUAGUUUUGAUCAAUCUACCGGUAUAUCAAGGGCUCUUCUUUCGGAAGGACAGCGGCAGGAUUCCAAAUUCAGUGACAUACAAGUCACUUGUUGUUUCAGUCUUGGCUUGUUCAAUUGCUCUGUACUAA